UAAAAAUAUUAUACCGUCCCCAGAUUUAAUGCAAAUAUGAAGAACCUAAUAAUUUUUUUCAUUUUGGGCUUAUUAGUCUGUCAGGUAUUUACGGCAGCAAUAGAAAAUGGAAAUGAAAGGAAGUUCGAAGUGAAGCGUAAUGUUGAUGCUGUAGGCACUUUUAAAGAGGAAACUGUAGAGGUUGUGCAAAAAGUCAAGAGUGGUGCUGGCCAAGAAAAUGUUGAAAUAAAUCACGUUGACGACAAUACAGGAGGCGAACUUGUAGUGCAACCACAACCCAAACCCCUGAUAAGUGAAAAUAAACAUGAAUGUCGAGAAGGCUUUGUCGCCGAUAGGUAUGGCGUAUGCAGAGAGGUAUUCUAAUAUAGCAAGAACUAUCUAUAUUAGAAUAAACAGUACUAAAAAAAUAUGAAUAAAGAAUUACUUCCUUUACAA